GUGGCAGAAGCUGGGCAGAAGACAGGUAGAUUGCUUUGCAUGCUCGGGAAGAACGACCCCAUGUGCCUGGUGCUCGUGCUGCUGGGCCUCACCGCCCUCCUGGGUAUCUGCCAGGGCGGCACGGGUUGCUACGGCAGUGUAAGCAGAAUCGAUACCACAGGGGCUUCAUGCAGAACUGCAAAACCAGAGGGCUUAAGCUACUGUGGAGUUCGAGCUUCAAGAACGAUUGCUGAGCGGGACCUAGGAAGUAUGAAUAAAUACAAAGUACUCAUUAAGAGAGUUGGCGAAGCAUUAUGUAUUGAGCCUGCUGUGAUUGCUGGCAUCAUCUCUCGGGAAUCUCACGCUGGCAAAAUACUGAAGAAUGGCUGGGGUGACCGUGGAAAUGGAUUUGGUUUAAUGCAGGUUGACAAAAGAUACCAUAAAAUUGAGGGAACGUGGAAUGGAGAAGCCCAUAUCAGGCAGGGCACGAGAAUACUUAUUGACAUGGUAAAGAAAAUACAGAGAAAAUUCCCACGCUGGACAAGGGAUCAACAGCUAAAAGGUGGGAUUUCUGCCUACAAUGCUGGUGUUGGGAAUGUCCGAAGCUAUGAGAGAAUGGACAUCGGCACUCUCCAUGAUGACUACAGCAAUGAUGUGGUUGCUCGAGCCCAGUAUUUCAAGCAGCAUGGAUACUAGGCUGGGGCAUCUGUACCAAGUAACUUACCUACCAUCAACUGAACAGCCACCAAAACACAAGAGAAGUUACAUACCACAAAUCCACACAGAUGCAAAUGUAUGCGAAUGAUUUACAGGAACAAACAUUUGCAGGCUAAAACUCACAUUUUUAAAAACAAUAUUCAGUAAGACCCUGGUCAUGUAGUUUCUUUAAAAGCAACAGGGUUUGGAUUUUACAAAGGGAAUAUUAACAGAAUCUUUGUAAAAUUUUGUGCUAUCUAUACAUUUCUCUGAGUUAUGAGGGCUAUAUUAUAUUGCUGUUGAUAAUUUGCUGCCUUCCAGAACUCGAAGUGCAUUUCUGCCCAGUCCUAUCAUACUAUUAAGAAAUUAAAAGGCAAAAUACUUCCUUGGUAUUAGCUUAUUGAUUCAUUCUUUUUUUCAAAGGUGCCUGUUACUUACUUGAUGUAGUUAUGUAGUCACUUUUUUUGAACUCCAACUUUUCACACAGAUACGUAGACCACAGUUGGAUUUUUCUGUCAAUUUUCAGUCAUAUAGAAAUAAGCAAACAAAAAAUUAAUAAACAUGUUAUUAGCAAAUGAAA